GUUUCCACGGGAAACUCACUAUCGAAACGUGAUGAGCAUCCAGGCCGGAUAUCAAAGACCCACGCUUGACGACCUUCAUGGGGCCUCAUUCCACGAUAAACCCACGACGAGUCCAGACGACAAGCCAGCCGAUGAAGAGAAAGCCAGCCGACCUAGCCAGAAGGGAGUCCACAAGAUGGGAUGGAUGGAAGGCGUCCUCGUGAGUCUCUACAACUCAUUCAUAUUAGUAGGGAUUCGCAUCGAUGUCGUGUUGUUGAUGAUGUCGAUGGCGAUGUUCGUCUCGCAGAUGCCGUGCCUGCUGAACAUCUGGGGAGUGAUGCUCUUCUUACGACUUACCUGGGUCGUCGGUCAAGCCGGCAUCGGCGAGGGCCUCCUUCUCAUCAGUGCGUCCAACCUGGUCACCAUUAUUACCAGCGUCUCCAUGUCUGCAAUCGCCACCAACGGGCAGAUCAAAGGAGGGGGAAUCUACUACAUGAUUUCACGGUCUCUUGGAGCGGAGUUUGGCGGUGCCAUCGGACUCAUGUUCACGAUCGCGAACUCCAUCGCAUGUGCCAUGCACUUGAUCGGGUUCUGUGAAUCCAUCAAGGAUCUUCUCAGACUGGAAUUCGACAACAUGGUGAUCUUGGACGGUGGGCACAACGACACGCGGAUCAUCGGAUGCAUCACUGCUGUCGUCAUUCUUGGUAUCGCCAUCGUCGGAGGGAUCUACUUUAUGAUUUCACGGUCUCUGGGAGCGGAGUUUGGCGGCGCCAUCGGACUCAUGUUCACGAUUGCGAACGCCAUCGCAUGUGCUAUGUACGUGAUCGGGUUCUGCGACUCCCUCAAGGAUCUUCUCAGACUGGAAUUCGACAACAUGGUGAUCCUGGACGGUGGGCACAACGACACGCGGAUCGUCGGAUGUGCCACGGCUGUCAUUGUCCUUGGCAUCGCCAUAGUCGGCUUGAAAUGGGUUUCCAAGGCACAGCUGGCGCUGUUGGUGAUCUUGGUGGCAGCCCAGGUGGACUUCAUCGUUGGGAGUUUCAUGGGACCCUCUUCCAAGGACACCAUCGCCAAGGGAUUCGUCGGGUGCAAAGACGAGGUUUUCCGUCACAACUGGUACAGUGCAUACGGGCCGUCCAGGAUCGACGAUUCGGAUCAGGGAUUCUUCUCCGUCUUUGCUGUUUUCUUCCCCGCCGUCACCGGCAUCGUUGCCGGCGCUAACAUGUCUGGAGACCUCAAGGGGUGGUGCGUGGACGGUCACGAGUUGAACUUCGCUCCUUGGAACCGGUCCUAUAACCUUGAUGUGGGUGUUCUGGACCCAGGAUCGGCGAUCCCGAAAGGAACCCUCGUGGCCGUCUUCAUUACGUUCACCUCUUACAUCGGGUACGGGAUGAUGUCGGGCGCGUGUUCUGUCCGAGAGGCUUCGGGUAAUCCAGAAGAAGUCCUCGACAUGGAGAACCUCUCCAGCGUAUUUCUGCAUCCGGCCUUCAACUGCACGGGAAGAGACUGUGAAUGGGGUCUUCUGCAGAACAGCCAGAUGAUGACUGUCGUCUCCGCUUGGGGUCCUCUCAUCUACGGAGGAUGCUUCGCUGCCACCCUCUCCUCUGCCAUUGCCAGCAUCGUCGGUGGACCUCGAGCAUUGGCCAAAGACCGACUGUACCCAGGGCUCCACUUCUUUGCAGUCGGGCAUGGACCAAACAACGAUCCUCUAAGGGGAUAUAUCGCCUGCUUCCUUCUCAGCAUUGCUUGCAUACUCAUCGCUGACCUGAAUGCCGUGGCGACGCUGCAAGUGAAUUUCUUCCUGGCUGCUUACGGACUCAUCAACUUCUCUGCCUUCCAUUCCAGCUUCUCCAAGUUCCCUGGCUGGCGUCCUGCCUUUAAGUUCUACAAUCUAUGGUUGAGCCUGUUGGGAACGGGGAUUUGCGCAGCCGUAAUGUUCCUCAUCCAAUGGGAUGUUGCCCUUGCCACCUUCGCCGUCACUCUUAUCCUGUAUCUCUAUGUCUCUUACAGGCGACCAGAUGCGAACUGGGGCUCGAGCACGCAAGCGGCUGCGAGCACGAACGCAUUGAGAUAUGUGCAAAGCAUGAAUCGGGUAGAAGAUCACGUGAAGACGUACAGACCCCAGGUCCUAGUCCUAGCCGGACAUCCGAGCACUAGGCCUGCCCUCAUGGACUUUGCUCAUUUGAUCACCAAGUCUUAUGCCCUUCUAAUCGUCGGCCACGUCGUUCGGGAUUCUCUCCAGUACGAUAACCGGGUGUCUCUCAUCCAGAAAGGAUACACUUGGCUCAACCGUCAUCACAUCAAGGGAUUCUACGACGUGGUCGAGAGCGACCGCCUCGACCUAGGAACCAAAGCGUUGUUACAAUUGUCUGGAUUGGGGAGACUCCGUCCCAACAUGGUUCUUUUAGGGUUCAAGGCUGAUUGGGCCAAAUGUGACCUCCUUGUCACUCUUCGAUACGUCAACGUCAUCCACGAGGCCUUCGACAAUUGUCUGGCUGUAGGGAUCCUCCGACUUCAGGGUGGACUCGACUUUUCUAGCUUCGUCGAGGAGAACGGGGAGAUUGCUGAAGAGAAACUCAACAUCUCCAAAUCCUGCGAAGACGAGAAGGGAGAAUCGGAGACGCGAUCGACUUCCUCAGGAGAACUGGCUCACGAAACCAAGUCGAGCGAGAAAUCGCAGAGUAGCGAGAGGAUUGCGAUGAAUCUCACGUACUGCGGAAUCGGCGGAGCCGCCUUGCCCGACGAUGUUUUGGACAACCUCACCCGAUUCCAACAUCCCCUGAAGAAGGGAACCCGGAUGGACGUCUGGUGGCUGUACGACGACGGAGGACUCACCAUCCUCCUCCCUUACAUCUUGAAGCAGAGGGCCCAGUUCUCCUUCGCCUCCCUCAGGAUCUUUUCCCUCGCCUCCUCCAAGGGAGAACUGGAACACGAACAGAGAAGAGAGGGAAUGAGGAUCCUCUGCUCAUCACAUCCACGAAGAUUCUCCUUUGCACCCCUUUGCAUCCGUGGGUUCGACACCUAUGAUCAUACAGAUUCCAUUUCGCAGUGGUGUUGCUACCGAAUGUGCAGGCGGUGUGACUACACCGGGGCCCAGGCGCUGAGCUACGAAGAUGGGAAAAGGCGUUAG